AUGGAAAACGAAAUUGUCGCUUUAUGCGGCAUUUUCGUCCUUAUUUCACUGGCUCUAUCAAUCAUCUCCAUCUCUUCUCACUUAAAAAAUUAUAGAAAACCCGUUUUGCAGCGCUCUGUAGUAAGAAUUUUGUUAAUGAUCGUUACUUAUUCUAUCGUUUCUUUUUUGACUGUAUAUAAUGAAAGAAUUGGAGCCUUUUUUGAACCUUUCAGGGAAAUCUACGAGGCAUUCGCACUCUAUUGUUUCUUUUGUUUGCUAAUUGACUAUCUGGGUGGUGAAAGAGCCGCUGUAAUCAUUUUGCAUGGGCAUUUACCACGCCCUCGUUUAUGGCCUAUGAAUCAUAUUCAGAGUGAUAUUGAUUUAGGCGAUCCUUACACAUUUCUUUCUAUCAAGCGAGGUAUUUUACAGUACACAUGGAUAAAACCAUUUCUCAUUAUAGCUACACUCCUAAGUAGAGCGUUGGGAGUCUAUGAAGACGAAGACAAGCCCGUUUAUAUAACAGCAGCUUUAUGGAUUGGCUUACUGUACAACAUUUCCAUUACUAUCUCUCUCUAUUCUCUAACAACAUUUUGGGUCUGCUUACACGAGGAGCUGGCUCCGUUUCGACCUUUCCCGAAAUUUCUCUCCGUAAAAGCCAUUAUUUUCGCCUCAUAUUGGCAGCAAACUCUAUUGUCCGUCGCCGGCUGGCUUGGUAUUUUACCAAGAAAACAUGGAAUAUUUAUCUUACUAGACCAGAAUGUUCUUAUGUGCUUGGAAAUGCCUUUCUUUGCAUUGUCUCAUUGGCAUGCCUUUCGUAUUAAAGACUAUAUAACUCCAUCAUGGAUAUCGUGUUCAAGGAUGCCGAUUUUUAGAGCCUGGAAAGAUGUCGUGGGAUUUAAAGACGUCUGGUGCGACAGUAUUCAAACAUUACAAGGUGAUCGAUAUGUAUAUGAGAAUUUUGAGCCUGCUGAGUGCCAGGUCCCCUCAAGACAUGACGCACGAUUAAAUCGGACAACCCACGGGCUGCGUUAUAGUCAAGGAGGCCAAAGAAAGUUCUGGGUUUCCCGAUAUGAUCAAUCACGCGUACGUUUAAUAAACAACAACGAUUCCCAAAACUCUCCAGCAUCAAACAUGACCUACUUUUCUAUUCCUGGCCUAUAUAGCGAAUCUCAGCAUUAUGAAGGGGGCAUAUGUUUUGAUAUAGACGACGAGAUGGAAUCGCUUUAUGCUCAAGCAAAGGGUAUGCCUUUCGGUGACUACAAUUAUCCAGUGCUUCCAAUCCCGACUGUUUCAGAAACCAACUCUGUAAGAAGAAGCCUUUCAGAAACAUGA